AUGGGAUCGACGCGUUCAACGGGCGCACACUUUUCUUCAGUGCUGGCCCCAUCCCAGGAGAUCAUCAGAUCGCAGCCCCGUCUGCAACCCUCACCGCUACCACUUCAACCCAUUGAGAACUUGUCUUUCCCUCCCGGCCCGCACAGGCCAUCGCCGACAAAAGGCCUGCACAAGGGCUCACAUCCCGGUGGAAAACUCGGUUUCGUUCCCAUCUCUGCCCCAGCUCCUCCCAUGUUCACCACCGACUCUCCGGCCAAGAAAGCGCCCUUCCCCAUCUACUCUCAACCCAUGCCGCACUCUGCCCUCUUCACUACCUUCCCCAGCGUCAACGAAAAAGAAAAUUACCCAGAAGAGCCAUCCAAUGACAGCUUCGCCGACUUCCCAGAGCCGUCAUAUGAAUCCAAACUCCCGAUGAAGCGCACACUCAUGGAGGCGGCGCCCCUCAGAGAGCGCCCCCAUAAGAAACAAAGGCGCGACGACGCGCCGGCCGCCUAUCUCCCGGAACCGCACGAGAUGCCCCAGGUGGAAGAUGACGGCUCCAAGCCCCCAUACAGCUAUGCCACCUUGAUCGGCAUGUCGAUUCUGCGCGCCAACAAUCGGCGAUUGACUCUGGCGCAAAUCUACAAGUGGAUCUCGGACACCUUCUCUUACUACAAGAACAGCGACGCUGGGUGGCAGAAUAGUAUUCGCCAUAAUCUCAGUCUGAACAAGGCAUUCAUCAAGCAGGAGCGCCCCAAGGACGACCCUGGCAAGGGCAACUACUGGGCCAUUGAACCCGGUAUGGAGGGUCAGUUCCUCAAGGAUAAGCAAGUGCGCCGCGCGACCAUGUCGAGCCUCCCGCUGCCAGCUGCCCCACAGAGAGACCUGGCUUCAUCACAGAGCGCCAACACAGCCACUUGGAUGGUACCACCUGCCCCUGCCCCCCGACCCCAUGUUCAGCACGCCGCCGUACGCAGGCCACCGCCGAACGACAUGUCUUCCGAUGCCACUCUGCCUGCCUCGGACCCCGCGCUCCAAGAUGAUGCCGACGAGGUGGUGCCAGUACCUACUGCACGCGCAGUGCCUCGCUCCUCGCCACCUCCCAAUAUUCGAUCAUCCCCGCCAAUUGCCCCUCCCCGCUUCGCUCGACAGGGCACCCCUCCAACACCAACUCAGAACGGACCAACGCCUGCGCCUCGACCGCGAAAGCGCAAGUCAAUCACGCUCAACGACAGCGGUUACUUCUCAUCAUUAGAAUCAUCUGCCUUACGACCUAAUAAGGCGGGCCAUAUUCUAACAUCUGAUCUUGAUAUUGAGCCACCGCGCAUCAAGCGUGGCCGAGCAGAGGAAGAGAUUGCGCGCAUGCGGAGCUCAUCACACGACAUCAGUCCUGGCCAGCCUGCCGCGCGCAAGAACCCAAACCCCACCGUUGGAUCGUCUCCUUUCCGGAGCCAGUACAUUAGUAUGCAGCCACCGCCGUUGACGCCAAUCAUCAAGUUCAAGAAGCCCGCGAAGCCUCCUCCAUCGGUCUCUCCUAACACGAAUCUGCGCAACCACCGCCGUAAGAUUCAGCAAAUGGUCAACUCACCGAUCAAGCAUUUGGGUCUAGCCGAGGACGCUCUGCCCUGGAGCCCCGCCUUCAACUUACAAGAUGAAUCAUAUACCCCCCAUGAUCACUUCAACACCACCUUCGAUGUCUUCGCCGAUCCAGGAUCAUCGCAUGUUUCCUACGGAUCACCGGAGAAGCGUUCAGCGAAACGCCCACGCACGGAAAGUAGCAACACCGCGCUUUCAGACAUCACCUCUGUGAACAUCAACAGUCGACUGGGAUUGCCCCCAAUGUCUAGAUCAAAGUCAUUGUUCCCCGAGUCACCGUCAAAGAUUCCAGACACCAACCGUUUCGGCGAUGCCAGCCAGGAGGAUUUCUUCUCCUUCCACCUCUUCGAUGAAAGCAAUGACAGCUCGAAUGAGGUUGAUGGCAUUGACCUCCUCCAGGGUUUCCAAAAGAUUGGAGGUGCGAGUAAAGAUGACUCGCUGAAGCCCAAAGCGCUUCACCCGCGACCUCAAAUGGGACGCAGCAGCACAACUCUGUUUUGA